AUGAGGCUUACUACCUGGAAUGUCAAUGGCAUCCGCAACCCAUUCUCUUACCAACCAUGGAGUACCACAAAGACUUUCCCGGCCAUGUUCGACAUUCUUGAGGCCGACAUCGUUGUUAUGCAAGAACUCAAAAUUCAAAGAAAGGACCUGCGUGAUGAUAUGGUACUUCUCGACGGCUGGGAUUGCUACUUCAGUGUGCCAAAGCAGAAGAAAGGCUACUCAGGUGUGGGCAUCUACACUCGCAACGCCACCUGCUCUCCUAUUCGGGCAGAAGAGGGCAUUCUCGGAGUCUUGACACCACCGAACUCUACAACACAGUAUCGCAGCCUGCCCGAGUCUGAGCAAAUCGGCGGCUACCUCUCGGAGAUGGAACUCGCAGAGCUUGGCGUUGAUCCUCUCCUUCUGGACUCUGAAGGACGUUGUGUUUGUCUCGAAUUCCCUGCCUUCGUUCUGCUCGGAGUGUACAGUCCUGCCAACUCUAACGGCCUACGAGAUGACUUCCGUUAUGCUUUUAUGACUGCCUUGGAUUGCCGUAUACGUAAGCUCAGCAAGAUGGGCAAGCGAGUUGUCUUGGUCGGUGACCUCAACGUGUCCCGAGGCUUGAUUGACACAGCUUCCGCUCUCGAUGACAUCAAGAAGGCCAGCCUGACAAGCGAGGAAUACGUCAGCACUCCGAACCGUCGAAUCUUCAAUCAACUCAUAAUCGGCGGUGAGGUUUACGGUGAGAGGGACGAAGGUCGAGAGCAACCUAUCAUGCUAGACACCACCAGAGAGUUCCACCCCCAGAGGAAGGGCAUGUACACUCAUUGGGAACAGAAGAUCAAUGCUAGACCUGGAAACUUCGGAAGCCGUAUCGAUUUUGUUCUGGCCAGCGGCUCUAUGCGUGAUUGGUUCGUUCACGCUGAUAUCCAGGAGGGUCUCAUGGGUUCCGACCACUGUCCGGUCUAUGGCGAGUUCAAGGACUUUGUGAAUGUUGCCCGAGAAGAUGGCGGCUCAGACAUCAGGCUGAUCGACAUCAUGAAUCCACCUGGCAUGUUCAGCGACGGCAUCCGACAGAAAGAAUGGAACAUCAAGGACCUGCCUCCCUUCAGUGCCAGACUUAUGCCAGAGUUUCAUCAACGGAGAAGCAUCAAGGACAUGUUCAAGAAGUCGGCCGCUCCAAAUGCUUCCUCCACGUCGAACAGUCAAACACCCACAGCAGCGCAGUCGCAGACUACAUCCAACACCGGAAUGGAAGAGCCCGGUUCAACGGACACAGAUUCAUCUAAGACAGUCCCUACCUCGCAUGCUGCUGUCUUCUCGUCUUCAGAGAUGAAACGUAAAGCAUCUGACACAUCUGCUUCUCGACCUUUAAAGGCACAGAAGACUGCCCCAGCCCCAGCUUCAGCCUCAAAGACUGCUCCCGUCAAAGGCCAGAAAAGCUUGAAGGGCUUCUUUCAAGCGAAGCUCAAGCCGGAUGAACCUGCCGCUGACGCGAACGAGUAUGUGCCUAGGCGCGAGAAUGGUGCACCUAAUGACGGUGACACGACGGUAGGUGAUGCGAUCAUGUCUGGGCCGACCAAUACAUCUUCCACACCGACAUCUUCGAUGAUUCAGAACCCGACAUCUCAUGCUGACGCGCGAGAUAGUCCAGCGGCGCUUGAAUCGGCUGCAAAGUCUGAGGCCGAGUUUCUACCGCCGCUCGACGAUGUCGAUGAGAUGGUGUACGAUCCGAUCGUGAACAAAGAGUCAUGGCAAACACUUUUCCGCAAACCAGCUGCACCACUGUGUGAAGGUCAUGAAGAACCAUGCAAGAGCAUGCAGACGAAGAAGAAAGGCGAGAACCAAGGGCGUAGCUUCUGGAUGUGCGCAAGGCCGCUGGGCCCAUCAGGCACGAAGGAGAAAGGUACGCAGUGGCGAUGUGCUACAUUCAUAUGGUGCAGUGACUUCAAAGCAUGA